AGGCGAAGAAGAUGAAGCUCUCUGUGUUUCGAUUGAGCUAUUGGAACCGCCGAGGAAUCAGCUUCAGAUCAUCAAUUGCAUCGUUGGAUCCAUCAUUCGAUGGAGGUUUCUCCGGCAAGUCGUCUAUCUUUUGGCUCGUGAUUCAUGCUCUCUGCUGCUUGAUCAGCUUGAUUCUGGGUUUUCGAUUCAGCCAUUUAGUCCUCUUCUUCCUUUUCUCGACUUCCGUCACCAAUUUAUACACCACGCCGUUUCUUUCUCCCGGCUCCGGCGGCGUAAGCCAGCUGCUCCGGCUGAAACCUCUGGAAACAACUAGCAGCACGGUGAAGAGCUCUCGAGUGGUGGUUGGAAGACACGGGAUCCGGAUCCGGCCAUGGCCUCACCCGAACCCGAUUGAGGUCAUGAGAGCACAUCAGCUACUCGUGAGAGUACAGAAGGAGCAGAAGUCGCUGUACGGUGUGAGGAGCCCUAAGACUGUGAUUGCGGUGACGCCGACUUAUGUACGGACUUUCCAGGCGCUUCAUCUGACCGGAGUUAUGCACUCGCUUAUGCUUGUUCCUUACGAUUUGGUGUGGAUCGUGGUGGAAGCUGGUGGAACCACCGACGAGACGGCUUCGUUCAUCGCUAAAUCAGGAUUGAAGACAAUUCACAUUGGAUUCGACCAGAAAAUGCCGAACACUUGGGAAGAUCGCCACAAAUUGGAGUCCCAAAUGCGACUUCACGCCUUGAGCAGAAGAGUGAGAGACGACAAGUUAGAUGGGAUCGUUAUGUUUGCUGAUGAUAGCAACAUGCAUAGCAUGGAGCUAUUCGAUGAGAUUCAAACUGUGAAAUGGUUUGGUGCUCUAUCUGUUGGGAUACUUGCUCACUCUGGUCAUGCAGAAGAGUUAUCAUCACUCUUGAUGAAUCAAGUGAAGAGCAAAGGCAAACCUUCAAUGCCAAUCCAAGGUCCUUCUUGUGAUUCCUCGCAGAAACUUGUGGGAUGGCACGUUCUCAACACACUGCCUUACGCUAAGAAGACUGCGGCUUUUACCAAUGACAAAGCGACUUUGAUGCCUAGUAAGAUGGAAUGGUCAGGGUUAGUACUGAAUUCCAGGUUACUCUGGAAGGAACCUGUGGUUGAUAAGCCAACAUGGGUUAAGGAUCUCAACUUGUUGGAUGAUAGUGAAGAAAUGGAUAGUCCAUUGUCUCUGCUCAAGGAUCCUUCCAUGGUGGAACCACUUGGAAGCUGUGGCCGCCAUGUCUUGCUUUGGUGGCUCCGUGUUGAAGCCAGAGCUGAUAGCAAAUUCCCACCUGGCUGGAUCAUAAAUUCGCCCUUAGAAAUCACAGUGCCAUCAAAGAGGACACCGUGGCCAGACUCUUCCUCAGACCUCACAGUGGCGAUCAAAGAAGCGAAAAGCGGUCAAUCAGCCACAGAACGGCGCUCCGGUAAGCCAAGAGGAUCAAAGAGCAAGAGCUCUAAGACGAAACAAGAACCUAAAAGCUUUUGAUGGCAUCAAAGUAACAACAACUCGUUGAAGAUGACGUGAAAGAUACAAAACCUUGAGGGAUACUGCUACUUUAAAUAGGCGAAUUUCAUUUCA